CGCGCGUCCCCGCCCCGCCGUGCCUCACUGGCGGCGGCAGCGGCGGAGGCGACGGUGGCGGCUCUCCGAGCCGGCGCGAAUCCGGCCCCCGCAGCGGGACCCGGGCAGGUCUUGACGAGCCCUGCCUGGGCUGACGCGUGCGGAGGAUGGAAACACUUGCCCGGCAAUGUCUCUGGGCCGCCUCCUUCGCAGGGCCUCCUCCAAAGCCUCGGACCUCCUGACCCUCACCCCUGCUGGCAGCGGCAGCGGGUCCCCCUGUGUCCUGGAUGGAGAGAUCAUCUACUCCAAGAAUAAUGUCUGCGUGCACCCGCCGGAGGGGCUGCAGGGGCUGGGGGAGCACCACCCAGGUUACCUGUGCUUGUACAUGGAGAAGGAUGAGAUGCUGGGAGCCACCCUCAUCCUGGCGUGGGUCCCCAACUCUCGCAUCCAGAGGCAGGACGAGGAGGCCCUACGCUACAUCACGCCCGAGAGCUCCCCCGUUCGCAAGGCACCCCGCCCUCGUGGCCGGCGCACCCGGAGCUCAGGAGCCUCCCACCAGCCCUCCCCCACGGAGCUGCGGCCCACCCUGACCCCAAAAGAUGAGGACAUCCUGGUGGUGACCCAGAGCAUUCCGGACGGCGUGCUCGCCAGCCCUGCGCUGGAGGAUGAGGAGAAGCUGGCUCAGGGCUUGGGGGUGGAUGGUGCCCAGCCAGCCUCGCAGCCUGCGCGCAGCCCCUCUGGGAUCUUGUCGACAGUCAGUCCGCAGGAUGGCACCGAGGAGGGGCAGGAGCUGCGGCCCGAGGCCGGGGAGGAGGAUGGCUCCUUGGAACUGUCAGCUGAGGGCGUGAGCAGAGACAGCUCCUUCGACUCAGACUCAGAUGCCUUCUCCUCGCCCUUCUGCCUCUCGCCCAUCAGCGCGGCACUGGCCGAGAGCCGCGGCUCCGUGUUUCUGGAAAGCGACAGCAGCCCCCCAUCCAGCUCCGACACCGGCCUGCGGUUCCCGGACAGCAACGGCCUCCUGCAGACCCCGCGCUGGGACGAGCCGCAGCGGGUGUGCGCCCUAGAGCAGAUCUGUGGCGUGUUCCGCGUGGACCUGGGCCACAUGCGCUCCCUCCGCCUUUUCUUCAGCGACGAGGCCUGCACCAGCGGCCAGCUGGUCGUCGCCAGCCGAGAGAGCCAGUACAAGGUCUUCCACUUCCACCACGGUGGCCUGGACAAGCUGUCCGACGUGUUCCAGCAGUGGAAAUACUGCACCGAGAUGCAGCUCAAAGACCAGCAGGUCGCCCCCGAUAAGACAUGCAUGCAGUUCUCCAUCCGCCGCCCCAAGCUGCCGUCCUCCGAGACGCACCCCGAGGAGAGCAUGUACAAGAGGCUCGGCGUCUCUGCCUGGCUCAACCACCUGAACGAGCUGGGCCAGGUGGAGGAGGAGUACAAGCUGCGGAAGGCCAUUUUCUUUGGCGGCAUUGAUGUGUCAAUCCGGGGGGAGGUCUGGCCCUUCCUGCUGCGCUAUUACAGCCACGAGUCCACGUCGGAGGAGCGGGAGGCGCUGCGGCUGCAGAAGCGAAAGGAGUACUCUGAGAUCCAGCAGAAAAGGCUCUCCAUGACCCCUGAGGAGCACAGAGCGUUCUGGCGCAAUGUGCAGUUCACUGUGGACAAAGACGUGGUCCGGACCGAUCGGAACAACCAGUUCUUCCGAGGGGAAGACAAUCCCAACGUGGAGAGCAUGAGGAGGAUCUUACUGAACUAUGCCGUGUACAACCCUGCCGUCGGCUAUUCCCAGGGGAUGUCGGACCUGGUGGCGCCCAUCUUGGCCGAGGUCCUGGAUGAAUCAGACACCUUCUGGUGCUUUGUGGGUUUGAUGCAGAACACAAUCUUUGUCAGCUCCCCUCGGGACGAGGACAUGGAGAAACAACUGCUAUACCUUCGGGAGCUGCUGCGGCUGACACACGUGCGCUUCUACCAGCACCUGGUCUCGCUGGGCGAGGACGGCCUGCAGAUGCUUUUCUGCCACCGCUGGCUCCUGCUGUGCUUCAAGCGGGAGUUCCCCGAGGCUGAAGCGCUGCGGAUCUGGGAAGCCUGCUGGGCCCACUACCAGACCGACUACUUCCACCUUUUCAUCUGCGUGGCCAUCGUGGCCAUCUAUGGGGAUGAUGUCAUCGAGCAGCAGCUGGCCACGGACCAGAUGCUCCUGCACUUCGGAAACCUGGCCAUGCACAUGAACGGGGAGCUCGUUCUCCGGAAGGCGAGGAGUUUGCUGUACCAGUUCCGCCUCCUGCCCCGGAUCCCCUGCAGCCUGCACGAUCUGUGUAAGCUGUGCGGGACAGGCAUGUGGGACAGCGGCUAUAUGCCCGCGGUGGAGUGCACCGGCCACCAUCCAGGCUCGGAGAGCUGUCCCUAUGGGGGCACGGUGGAGAUGCCUUCCCCCAAGCCCCUGAGGGAAGGCAAGAAGGGCCCAAAGACGCCGCAGGACGGCUUUGGCUUCCGCAGAUAGGUCGGCCCCUGGCACUGGACAGGGGUUGAGGGGACCUCCCCAGAGGCCCCGGGCACGGGAGGGGGUGGGGCUGGGCAUGAAGGGGACAGGGGAUGGUAGAAACCUAAGGAAAAUGCUUUUGGACAACUUGAGAGGAACCUUUUCAUACUAACGACAAAAUUAGAGUCCGGAAGUGACAGAAGUCAGACCUACAGCCACCCAGAGGAAAGUCAGCUCCUGAAACGCUGUAGUGGAACGCGUGGCCACCGCACCUGAGACGCAGGCCGGCUGGACUCUCCUGCUGGCUGCCCUGGAGGAUUUCAACACGUCCCAGGAUUUGCUCCAGCCUCACGGGCAGCCAGACAGCAUCACCAGGCCAUGAGGAAAGCAGAGACAGGAGAGGAAGGCCUCACUCACCCACCGCGUCGAGGGCUGCGGAACAGAGCAGGGUCCUGUCCAGGGCCGGAGACAUCCUUGCAAGCCAGACACACUUCCUCAUGAGACCUUGUUCUCUGGGAGUGAGCCAAACACACUUCCCAAAGCUUCCCCAGCCACAGCUGGGAUGCUGAUGGAAAGACAUCUGCCAUAAAAAAAAAAAAGAAAAAGAAAAAGAUAAAAAGCUCAACCCAUAUGGGGAUAGAGAGGUGGAAGAGCAGGCAGGUUUGAGGAGCUGGGGCUUGUAAUGUUCAUCCAUUUAAACAUUUCGUCCUCCCGGUACACGAAGGGAACUCCCUGCCCAGGAGCCUGAGCCUCAGGCUGUUGGAGAAGCAUCCGAUGUCUUUUUCUUAGCUGGGGGUCUUCUACGUGAGGUGCCUUGGCGUUGUUUAAGGUCAGCUCCACCAAAUACAGCAACCAGCUGGGGCUUGAGUGGGUUGAUGUGUGCGUGUGUCCCUGCGUGCGUGCAUGCAUGCGGGUUUGUGUUUGCAAGGUCCUCUGACGAUGAUCUGCCUUGUCCCAGGGACACGGUAGUAUAUUAGCCAACCAACCAAGACAAGGACACCUGGAAGUAGUUAGACUCUUCCACUUUCCUACAGGACCUGUGAACUCAGAUGUGUAAGUCAGCUUCUCAGGUGAUCGGACAUGAGAGCGCCCAGUGAAGGAGUCAGCACUCAGGGCUCUCUGCCUUCUAUGUGGGAGUGAGGUCUUCCCAACAGACUCUUCCCUACUCCAAAAGAUUGUCUAUCAGUUGCUCCUUCUGGGAUCUAGAGAUGGACAGACAAGGGUGUGCGAUCUAUGCUAUAAGAGUUCCCUCCCAGCCAGCUUAGAAGUGUCGAGCCAUCUGCACAGAAAGCCACUCCUUCAGCAAGAAGACCAAAUCCCUCCUGAAAUCCUCCAUCGCGUCCUUCUGGGGAGAAGAGCCCUUGAUGUGCUGAGAACCAUCAUGGGGACCGGGACCGAGGGCUUCUUCCCACUCGAAGCUUUUCUCCCUGGAGGGUGGGCACUGCUGGGCCAUGCCACUUCAAAGCAGUGUUUCUCAGCAGGAAAGAGGAGGUCACCACUCCUCCUCCUCCUCGGCUUCUCUUUUCUCCAUGAACCCAGGUUCUCCAGCAGGCACUUCCAAGUUCCCAGGUCUGUCUGCCCAAGAGCCUUUUGGGGAGUCAGUGCCCCCGUCCUGGGGUACUGACCAUUUCUGUCUAGCAGUAGGGGGUCCUGCAGUGGGAGUGGGGUGGGCUUCUCAUCCACGUUGCUUCUGCGAAGUGAGGGUUGCCUUUGUGGGCUAGGGCGGUGGUUAGAACUUCUGCCCUGACCCUCCGCUAGAAACCAGUUAUAUCCAUUGCCACAGCAAUACUGUGUAACAAAUCCCCCAACGCUCCGUGGCCUGCAACAAUCAGCACUGAUCUAGAGCAGGAGUCAGCAGUUUGGGGCGGGGUGGUUCUUCUGGUCUAGGCUGAGCUUGCUUGUUUAGGGCCAGUGGGCUGUUAAGUCCCAGGGGCUGCUUAUGGUGCAGAGGUCAGACCUGGCCCUGCUCUGUGGUCUCUUGCAUCCCUCCCGCAGGCCAGCCAUGGCAGAGCCAAAGGCAAGGAGGGAGAGACGGCAAGUGCCUUUCCAAGCCUAGGCAGACACCGCACCUGCAGCCCUCCCCUUGGCCACAGCAAAUCACGUGGCUGGGCUCAGCAUUAAGGGGUGGGGGACGGACCUGCCACUUUAGCGUCCCCUCUGCACAGUUGGGUGGCAGUAGGCUGAGAAUUUGGAGAGCUGAAGAACUGGGACUCUGGAGAGUCUGUGUCCUAAUAAGGCCUGCUUUGGAGCACUCCUUCCCCACUCACCCUCUCCAGGAGAACAGCAUCCCUGAUCCUAGCAUUUCACUAGAUACCUCGUGCCUUUGAGCUGCUGUGUUUGGGAGGGAGGAAGAGGGUAGGCAGGUCCAGGGCUCCCCUCACUUAGGAAGGUCCUAGUAGAAGGCAUUCCUUCUGAGCCUCCUGGCCCUACAGCUUCUCACUCCUGCUGCUCCCCAAGACCUGACCCAGACCAGUCAGCUGCAUCUCUGCACCAAGUACCACCCCCGCCGUGCACUGCUCGCACCUCACGCUCCCCAUGGGCUGGCCGGGACCCCAGUGAGGUCUGCACCUCUCCCACCAGCCAGGACCUCGGAAGCCGUGACCUGGAUGUUCAGGGCUUGGUGGAGGAGACGCUGCUCCGGGGGGAUGGAGAAGCCCCGCCCCUCCGCAACUCCCUUAAUCUGGAUGCAAUUAGAGGAAACCAGCCAAAAACCCUGCGGCAGCUGUUGCCCCGGGAUUAUUCCCAGCCAGUGAGAGGCAUUAGGGCGAUAAUUCAGUCAUUAGACUUCUAGCCUUCCCACCGCCAGAACGUGCAAAUAGGGGAUAAUCAGCCCUGCACAGCCAUCCUCAGCAAUGCUGCUUAUUUAACCCAUUUUUUAAAAUGACACUUAAUGUUAUUGGCUGGCGUACGUGUGUGCGCAUACUUAAAAGUUGACGCGUGCUACGGCCCUGCUGCUAAUGUCUGUGCUGACAGCGUUACCCGAUGUUGCUCAGGGCCUCUGGGAAGAGAGGGCACCUUUGAUGUGGGCGUGCUGGCACCCAAGAGGCCGCGCGGUCAGGCUCGAUGCUUGCCGACUCUGGAAGGUCCCGCCAGGGUUGGGGGGUCGGGUGAGCGCUCAGAGAGAUCUGGGGAGGAAGCGAGGAGCCUGGUGUCCUCACCAGGUGCAGAGGGGAAUUGUGUUCUGCUCCAGAAGGUUCUGACUCAAGUCUCAGCCCCUAGGACUCAGAACUCACAAGUCAUGGACCAAGUACGGAGGGAGGGAGGGCCCCAGCCCACCCCUGCAGAGGAGGAGGAGGGUCUGAAGGUGGGAGGGGCAGCUCCAUGAGCAGCCACUGUUCCUGACCAGCCAAAGUGUCGGGCGCCAGGGGAGGUUUCCAUGUCCAGGAGGGAGAGGACCUCCACCCUCUGACCUUUCAGUUUUCCGUAGCAGCCCAGUCUGAAGCUUUGCAGGGGUGGGCAGGGCAUCAGGACAAGAUGAAGAUGCUGGUUCUGGAACCAGGCCUUCCCUUGGGCUAAGGGGCAGUGGUUGGCAGAGGUUGCCCAGCUCUUUUGGAGGCCACUGGGAAUAGAGGUGGGGUGGCAACAGGAAAUGGGGUGCGGGCUGUAGACCACAGUGGGUGGGGUGGUGCUUCCGUUCCUGUAAGGUCCGCCCCCCGAGUCCCCUCAUCUGCUUCUUGUUUGGCAGAAAUAGUUCUGGGGCACAGCCACUUGAUGAUGGGAAUCUGCUCACGCCAUGCCCUCUGGGGAAGGAAAUCUCGCUCCUUGUGCAGACUCUCCUUUCCCCUGCGGGGGUGCUGGGGGUGCCAGGGCUCCACCCUCGGCUCGCUGGGCAGAGGGAAGGAAGCACCUCCCUGUAUGCUCUGCAGAGGCCCCUGCAAGUCACUCUGCCUCAGAGGAAGGAGGAGAGGUCCCCUGGGAAAACACACACACACACACACACACACACACACACACACACGUGCAGGGGUGCAGCCUAGGUCAGUGGGGCCAGGACUGGCUGCCCAGCUGGGCCUGCCCCAUUCUUGGAGUCCCUGAGGAAUGGGCCUCAGGAUCCACUUCAUCCCCUGUUUCUAAGCCAGGCUGCAUGGCCAUUCCGGGUUUGAAAGCAUUUUGCCCUGUCUCCAGUCAGAGGGAACUGCCCCCAAACUAGAAAGCUAAUUUCCCCUGAAGGUUCGUGAAGCCAGAGGCAUGCCCUUGGGGGCUGGUCGGGGGUGGUGGGGCCAGGGUGAGAGGCGGUGCUGUGGAAGGGGCCUGGCCCCUGCUGCCUGCGACUCUCCCCGGGUGUGCGGCCUUCUGCCUCCCUCAGGCUCAGUUUCCAGCCUGUAACGAGAACAACGAUGCCUGCCUGCCCAGGCCACGUCCUGGGACCACAGUGGGGACUCUUAAGUGUAAAGCUGUCAUGAGGAUGGUUUAUGAAGUCCCAGGGACCACACCUGCACUCAGGGAAGAGACCGCUGACCUCAGCCAUCAGCCGUGUGCAUCGUGGGGGCGGCGAGCUCAGGACGGAGAGCUCUUGCCUGGUUCGGAGUCAGCACACCUGCACUCCCUUGCACACACCCACCCAGCUGUGUGUCCUCCACCAAGGGCGAGCCUCUCUGUGACUCUUCUGUAAAAUGCACCCCGUUUUGCCCACUCGUGCCAUGAGACACAUCCUCAGCCAUCCCGCCAGGCAUGAGCGCGUGAAUGCACGUGCAAAGCUCUCCACCAGAAGGGUGGUGUGGGCCCUGCAGGUCCUAGCCCUCGGCCUUGAAGCUCCCUCAGGCUGCAGACUCUGGCCUCCCGGGUCUGAACAUUAGAACCGGGGAAAGGGGUGUCCCUGAGCAGAGCCAGGAGUGCAAACAGCCUUCAGCCGUCUGGCCUUUUAAGUAUAUUGUGUUGCGUUUCCAGGUAGGAAGGUAGCAUUUCAAGUUCAAAGAGAGAUGAGUCAUGCAACCAUCUUUCCUCCAGCACUUUCGGGGUAAGAAGGACAGUUUUUCUUAUGGUUUAGGGGAAAUUUUCAUGAAAUUUCCACCAUUACCAAUAGAUUACUGAUGUCCAUGGCAAGUGAUCUGUUCUUGGUAUUUUGUUUUGUUUUGUUUUGGUUUUUAAAUGUAAUCGCCCAUUGGUCAGGCCCAGGACUGGUCACCAUGAGCUCUGCUAGCCACGGCCCCAACAAUGCUUCCGGCUCUCAUGGAUUCCACAGCAAAUAAAACUGUCCUGAAAACAGAUGCACACUGUACAGUGCCUCUAGAAGGUCUGGUGGGACUUGCUGGCUCGAAGCACGGCAGGCUCUGUGCUGGGCAAAGAGGGCCCCGUGGCAGCCCAAGGGCAGCCUGCAGACUCCAGUGUGCCCUGCUUUUCCCGUGUUCCGAGAUGGAGGAGGGGAAGGUGUAAAAGAGCUGGAUGGGGGCUGUGGGGACCGAGGGUCCCGGGAGACUGGCCAGGGACUCGGCAAGCGCCCGCUCUAGCAGGCCUUGCCCUCUGGGCUGUGGUUGGAUAGCACUGGGCCUGCAGGGUGGGCUGCGAGGAGGAAGAGCAGCUCUGGAACCCGGGCCCCAGCAGGCAGCGAUGGGAGAAUUGACGAGUGCUCGCGGGGUCUCACACGGGAAAGGACCGGUUAACUGAGCAACUGGGAGCCUCGCUCCCGCCCCAGUGCCUGGAAACACAAACAGCAUUUUAUUGCACCUUGGCUGCCGGGGCUCUGGUUUCAGGAAAAGCCUCAGUCUUGCAUUUGUGAAUUUUUAAGGAGGCAAACAAGGUGAAUUUGACCUUGCUAGGAGUGGGAGUUAGGGAAAAUUCAGGCUGCCCCACCAAGCCCUUGGAACCGUGCAGCAGGGGUCAGGGGAGGGAUGGGCAAAGGCGGGUUGACCCAUGGAGCGGGUCUUCUGGUCCUCCGGGAGCAUGGAGGGUGGGGGGGAGCUCCAGCUCUUCAUCAAGCACCCUUUGGGGUUCCCGGCUGUUUUCUGUGGUUCCAUGUGUGUCUUUUCCCCUUUUGCCUGGCGGGAGGUUGGAGGGGAACAUGAGUAACUCUUAUCUGCAUCACUGGGGUCUCAUAUCUGAAGGGCCUGUCUCACCUGCCACCUACCUGGCCUUGGCCUAGACAUCUGAGUGCCUCAUCACCUCCUCUCCACAAGCCCAGGGGUGCCCCUCCCAAGGCUGGCUGGGCAGGUACCAUGGGCCAGGCCCCAGGAAGCGCAAUGGGCUUCCCCCAGGAAAGACAGCAGAGCCAGCACUGCCUGCCUAGGGAGGGCACCCACUACCAGGCAUGGCUGGUGGCUCCGUUUAAAGAAAUCUUUGUCCAUGUGGGACUGGGAGGUGCUUCCCCAUCCUGCCUGGAAGCCACAUCCUGGCUCUUACCGUGGACUCUGCAGCAGCCAUGGUGGCCAAGCGAAGACGGGGGAGCCUGGUGGCUCAGGGGCCCCUGGUGUCACCACCUCCAAGGCAAUGGGACUGGACAGGGCAGCUCCUCAGGGAGGAUGAUCCCACCCUCACGGGUCAGCCCUGCAGGGGGACAAGGCCCGCUACGACUCCACCUCAGGCCACCAACUGGACCUGUCCCACCAGGAAGGUCCCUUCCAAUCUGUCUGGCAGCUGGUUCCCUGGGUAGGCCCAGACAGGCAGCAUCAUCCUCACGUUCGCCUCUGCUGUGCCCUACUUCCCCCGUAAAUGACAACUGUGUAGUCACCCACACCGGCCAAGGGGACACAGGUGCCACCUGGUGGGCCACCAUCUUCAGGGGCCCAGCUCUCUGUUGUCCCACAGCCCUCGGGGCUGGCGGUGCCUGCUCAGUGCCUAGGGAGUGCUCUUGCCACACAGCUGGGCAGUGGGCGUGACUCAGUGUUUACACCUCAAGCAGCCGCACAGGCUCCAGAGGGAAGCUUCUUUGGGGUCCUCGUUCAUGAGAGAGCAUCCUGUGUGCAGCCCUGUUCUGGCUUCGUCCUCAUCAUUCAUGCAUUCAUCCCACAAGGACCAUGGCACCGUGGGCUCGCUCCAGGGAAGCAAGGCGGGAGUGCACUGGGGCUACUUGGGUUCCCGGGGCAGACACACGUGUGCCCUGCACACCCUCAAAUGAGCUGGCCCCUGGGUGAGGCCAUGUGGACCCCCACAGCUUUGGGGCCAGCUGGGCAAACCUUGAACCCCCAAUUUCUGCGUGGCCUUUGGCUGCCCUCCUUCUCCAAGGCGUGACUCUUACUCCAGAGACUCAGGUGAGCAAGUGUCCCUUACCUUAUUUUCUCUCAAUCAAACUGAAAUCCAUUGUGAUCCCCCAUAGCCCAGUGCAGUCUGUUUUUAUUAGAGGUGUCUCCCUUCCUCCCCGUGCCCAGGACAGGCCAUGAGCCAGAGGUACAAGGGGCCCCAGGCAAGACGCAGGGCUGUCCGCUCCUGGUUCUUCAUUGCCAUGGGGACACCCUUUGUCCAAACCCAAGGAAUCCCGGGACGUCUGGCUUUGCCACUUUGGCUGGGACUCAGGUACCCGGGCACACCUGUGUCUGUGUCCCCUCCUCGUCCCAGUGAGGGGGACCCUCAGUAUCCCCCCCAACAUAGAACAGGAAGAUCUCAAGCCAGCCCCCUCCUCCAGUUCGAUUACUCUCCCUCACAUCCACCCAGAGAGGUCCAGACCUGUGGCCACUUCCAUGCCCUCUCCAGACUAGGAGACACCUGCUGCUGACCUCGUGGAAAACUUAGAUUUUGACAUUCUCAUGCUUCAGAAGUGGUGGCUCCUCCUUCUUCCCCCCUCCACCACCUGCGGGCCUCCUCUCUGCAUCUCAGGAGAACAACCAGAUCUUUGGGCUCCUGGGGUAUGUGCCAUGCAGUUUAGACGAAGUGCUUUGAAAAUAUGCCAUUCAGUCUCUGACUAGGAAAAUAAGCCCGAUUUGACAGGUCCGAUGUCAUCAGCUCUUCAACAUGAGACAAAACAGAGGAUUUUAUGUUUUGAGUGAUUGGAGAGAAUGAUAUAAUAAUUUUCUGAAUUGACAUCUGGAUGUUGAAAUUAGGAUGGUGCAAAAGGGGUACAGGGCCACAGGCUGGGUACAGCAGCCAGCUCCCCACGACGCAGAAGCUGCUUCAAAACCCCCUCAGCAAAGAGGGGCACAUGCAAGUCAACAAAGUGGGAAGCCUUCACCAAGGCCACACCCAAGGUCUACUGAUUGUCUACCCAAAGUUCAUUGAUUCCUGGCCAUGAACAAACACAACAGAAAAAUACACUGAGGGUCCUAGUGGCUACAAGUCAAUGGUGAAUUGGCACAUGGUCUAGCAGUUUUUAAAUCUAACAGUAGAGUAUGGCAAUGGGCAAGGGCCAAGAAGUCCUUCUGAGAUGGGAGGUCUCGCUGUAUUCGGGCUCAGUGGAGGUCUGUGACCAGUGUCUGGACACUAGCUACAGGGGACUGGGCAGAGGAUUCUGGGCAGAAGGCAAAUGUCUAAAAGUACUUUGGAAGGGUAAAGGAUGGGAGCCUUGUUUAAAAUAAAGACUGAAGGAUAAUAAAUGUCA